AUGGAAUACAAACAAGUUGAAAAAUCAAUUGUAAGAGAAUCAAAGGUUAGAAAUGUAUUUCAUAAAGUAUGUAAGAAAGAGCUGUUCUAUACCAACCUAAAGAUCAACCAAUCUGCCGAGGAGUUAUUGAAAACUUCAAAAACAUUAUUUGGUUAUCCAUCUGCUGUUGGAGGUGGAUCAUGUUUAUGUAUUUCAAAAUUAUCUGCAUAUGGUAAAGCACCGGAUACACCAUUUUGUAUAAAGGGACACACUGAUCCAAUCAGUUGUUUUGAAUUCAGUCCGUUCAAUGAUCGUGUUGUUGCCACCGGUAGCAGAGAUUGUACGAUUAAGCUAUGGAAUAUCGAGGACGAGGAUAUGAAGUCCAAUAUUGAAGUUCCACUUUUGGCGUUGCCAAAACAGUCAAAGAGAAUCACUGGUGUCUACUUUCACCCGUCGGUCGACUCACUGUUUCUCUCGGCGACGUCCGAUCACUGUGUCGAUCUUUGGGAUCUCUCUCAAGAGGGACAGGUCAUCCAAAAGGUGACAGGUGCCACCGAUACCAUCUUGUCACUCUCUUGGAACACAUGGAGUGGCGGCAAUCGUUUCGCCACGUCGUCGCGUGACAAAAAGAUGAGAAUAUACGAUCCGAGAUCCUCUAACUUGCCAGUGCAAGAGGUGGUCACACACGAAGGUGCUCAAGGUUUCAAACUGACUUGGGCAGACGCGAAUGGUCUCGACUUGAUUUGCACGGUUGGUGCCAACAAGGGUGCGCAACGUCAACUCUUCCUCUGGGAUCCAAGAGAUCUCUCGAAAGCACUUCACAUCAAUUCGAUCACCACUGAUUCGUCUGUGCUCAGUCCAUACUACGACUAUGCAACCAAUAUGAUUUACCUCGGUGGUAAGGGUGACGGUAUCUACUACUAUGAAAUCGAUCGUAGCCAAUCGUAUUCCAUAGGAAAAGCAAGCUUUGGAAACAGCACACAAUCUGCAGUGUCUCUGCUACCAAAGAAUGUUUGCGAUGUCAACCUCUGUGAGAUCGAUCGAUUCUUGAGAUUGACAAACAACCAAAUCGAAAUGGUAUCGUUCAUGGUUCCAAGAAAAUCACAACUCUUCCAAGAAGAUAUAUUCCCACCUGCACCAUCUGGAGAUCCAACUACCGACGUUGGUCCUUGGUUCCAGGACAAAAAUCUAAAGGUUACACCACACACCAUCUCCAUGAAGCCAGAGGGUAUCCUAUCUAUCUAUGAAGUAUCAGAGGAAGAAGGUGGUAAGAGUAAACAAAAGGAUAAAUUGGAACAAAUGGCAACAACAUUGAAUAAUAAUGAUACAUUUAUUACAGAAGGAGAUGUUAAACAAGAAAUAGAUGGUUGGUUAUUCAAUACAUAUCAACCAAGAUAUUUAAAGAUAAUUAAAGAUCGAUUGUAUUGCUUUGUUAAUGAGGAUUCUGCUCAAGCCGUUUGGGAUACCACUCUUGUAAAUAUUAAAUCGCUGGAUAUCUAUGACCAAGAGGAGAUCAGAAGCAAUAAGGAAUGGGAGUUGAGAUUUGUUAUUACAACAAACAAUGGAAAGGAGUUCAAGAUUGAGUGCGCAACCGUUGAACUUAAAGAUCAAUGGAUCUCAUCGAUUCAUGCUCAUCGUGAGAUGAAAAUUGAAGAUGAUCCAACGAGAGAACUUUCUCCUGCACUCAAAGAUUUCCACAUUGUAAACAACACUCCUAUAGUUUCACCAUCUGCCAUUGCCAAAGGUGAGAAUAAUACUUUAAACAACAAUAAUAAUAACAACAGCAGUAAUAACAAUAGCAAUGGUAACAACUCUGCAACAUCUACACCCAACGCCAAUAACUUUGAAUUCGCAGUACCAAGCAAACCAGCUGGACCACCAACAUUGAAGAGAUCACAUAGUUUACUAUCGAGAAACCCAUCCUAUACAUCGUUGAAGCUGUCCGGUGGUAUGACUCCACCUACCACUGCACAAUCAAACAACUCUGGUGCCAACACACCGACUCCCACUGCACCACCUUCACCUCGAACAUUGAAGCAGGUUGACGUCAUCAUUGAGGGAUCGCUCUUUGAGUUGGUUCCAGGUAUUCUCUGGAAUUCCAAUGUCGAGAAGUGGUAUGUUGUCUCUGAUGGUAUUCUCUAUUCGUUCAGAACAAAGGCACUGAAGAAUGGUGAACCACUGGAAACCAUCCAUCUCGAGAAAGCAAUCUCUGUCCACAAGACCAAAGAGAUCUUCAAGAUCGAAGGUUUCAGCUUCCAAUUGACUACACCCUCCAGAAUCAUACAUUUACUCGCCAAGAAUAAAGAUGAAAUGAAAACGUGGAUCAGUGUACUGAGACAAUACUUGAAGAACUCUGGUGAAUCCAAACCACCCAUCCAAAACAAACAACUGACCGCCAACAGUAAUAGCAAUGGUGGUGCCAGUGCAAUCUCACCGAUUGGAAGUGACAAUGAAGAUAACAAUAACGAUGGCGCUGAUAAUAUUGGAGGUAAUGAAGAGGAGGAGGAAGAACAGACUUUGGAGGGUCAAAUGUCAAGAAAACUCAAUGGUAUAUUCUCGAUGUGGGGUAACUGUUAUAUUUCGCUGUUGGCAGAAGAUCUUUUUGUUUCAAAGAACAAACAGGCAACUGCACCAGAGUUGAGAAUUCAAAUGUCAUCAAUCUCAGCCAUCAAGAAACUCUCACCCAAUGAAUUUACUCUCUACGACAACGCCAAUGUUGUUGUAUGUAACUUUAGAACUAUUCCACCGACUGAGGAUUUCGAUGAUUGCGCUCGUUGGAUGGAGGGUUUGGAAGCUGCUAGAAAGCGUUCGAUCGAUAUCAUCAAACUAUUCGGUAUCUCUGACAAGGAUCUAGAGACUGUCGUAGAGGAUGAGUUGCGAUUCAUCGACUUGACGGCGCUGAAGAAUGGAAAGUCGAAGCUUCUCAUGCAAAUCAAGGGAAAGAGAAAGAUCAGAGUCAUCAUGGCAAAGCUUGACUCUAGCUCGCUCAACACUCACAACUCAUUCGUGCUCGAUGCCGGACCUAGAAUCUUUGUUUGGGCCGGUGCCAAGAGUUCCAGAGUCAACAGAGCCAAAGCAUUGGAUUUGGCAAAUCGUAUCAGACAGAAGGAGAGAGGUGGAAAAUCCACUCUUGUACAGCUCGAUGAAGGCAGAGAAGACAGUGCCGAUUUCUGGGAGAUCUUGGGUGGUCGAUUAAGUUCGCCCGCUUCCAAACCAACCCCAGAAGAGCAGGAUGCAGAAUCAACUAAAAUGUCAAUCUACCGUAUCGGUAACGACGUCAAGAAGAACUCACUCAAGGCAAGAUUGGCAUGGGAAGGAACUGACUGGAGAUUACCAAACAAAGAGAUUCUCAACACCAAGUUUGUCUAUGUUAUCGAUUGUCAAACUGAAGUAUUCAUCUGGAUCGGUAAGGAGUCGUCACUUCCACAGAGAAAGAUGGGUUACAAGGUAGCACUGGCUUUGAUCGCUCAGAAAGAUCGUCUACCAUGGACAAAGAUCACCAGAAUCAACGAGUUUGGUGAGAGCAAUCUCUACAAAGAAAAGUUUGCCAACUACCCAGGUAUGCUUCCAAUCAGUACAACCAAGAUGGAAAUCAAGGCAAACGUUGCUCUUGUCAAACCUGAACACACUCUCGAAGUACUUGUUAAUCGUCUACACAAGAUGGCCGUUGACAACGAGAAGAUAUUCACAUCGGCAACAGAUACCGGUAGUCGCAUCAAAGUAUGGAAGAUCGAAGACUUUGAGAAGAUCGACCAUCCCAACAAUCUCUACGGUCAGUUCUUCUCGGGUGACAGUUAUAUUGUACUCUACACCUACAUGCUAAACAACAAGGAGGCACAUGUAAUCUACUACUACCUCGGUCGUGAUAGCUCCAUCAACGACAAGGGAACCUCUGCCUAUCUCACCGUCGACCUGCACGACAGUCUCGGAGGACAGUGUGUCCAGGUGCGUGUCGUCCAAAACAAAGAGAGUCGUAACUUUUUGAAUCUCUUUAAGAACAAGAUGAUCGUUCACAAAGGUAAAUUCAACCAAUUCCAAGACUCUACAACUGCACUCUAUGAAGUACGUGGUCAUGAUGAAAUCGAUGCCCGUGCCUUCCAAGUAGAUCUCUCCGCUGCCUCUCUCAACAGCCAACACUGCUUCAUCUUGAAGAAUGUCUCUGAGAACACCAUCUUCAUUUGGAGAGGUAAAUACUCUGAGGAAAUCGAACUCCAAUCAUCGCUUUCAAUCGCUCAAACCAUAAAUCGAUCGGACUCACUCUCCAUCUCGAUCAUCGAGGAGGGAGUCGAAUCCUCGGCAUUCUGGAACUCGAUUCCCGGUGGUAAGAGCAACCGCUACUUUGAUAUGGUGCGCACUAUCAACUCGACCAGCAACACUGCCUACACUCCAAGAUUGUUUAUCUGUUCCAACUCCUCGGGUAUCAACGAGAUCAAUGAGGAAUACCCAUUCUCACAGGAAGAUCUUGAGAUUGGUAAUGUCGCAAUUCUCGACGUCCAGAGUCAUGUCUAUGUCUGGCUUGGCACAAGAUCGACGCACAGAACCAAGAAGAUUGCUAUGGAGGUGCUCAUUGAGUACUGUAAGCAAUCGAAAUUCGGACACUCCAACAACACAUCGAUUCUCAUUGUGAAUCCAUUCGAGGAACCUCUGGCUUUCAAAUCACACUUUAGAGCUUGGACCACUGCCAAGUAUCCAAAGAACAAACUACCGGUUCAAGAGAAGGACGGUAUUCCCGUUGAAGGAGUACUCAAAGACUAUCUCAAAGAGGUUUAUACCUACCAAGAGUUACUUGCAGAUCCACUUCCAGCUGGAGUCGACGCAACCAAACUCGAGAUUUACCUUCCCGACGAUGAAUUUGAAAAGAUUUUCAACAUGAACAGAAAAGAAUGGGAAAAGAUACCCGUAUGGAGAAGAGAAAACAUCAAGAGAACUGUAUUCUUAUUUUAA